AUGGUCCUGGAGGAACGUUGUUUCGUUAUAUAUAUGGUUGAAAAGACACUAAAGCCUCUCUUGACUUGACCUUGUCCCUGUCUUUGACCUUGCACUGCCUCCGUCCCAAUUUUUGUAUCACGUCCCUCUCCCUGCUAGUGUCUGUCUUAAUUCUUGUCCUUUUCCUUGUCCCCCCUGUCCUCAUUAUUGCCUUCUUUUCCGUAGUUGUCCCUGUCCUUGUCUCUGUCCUUGUCCUUUGACCAUAUAAAGCGUACUGCCCCCACCGCCUCUCCGCGCGCUCCUUUCGCGUGAGCGAGUGAACACCCGCGGAAGCUCGUGCCUGCCUGAGCUCGCGCCGCCCAAGUUCGAGCGGGACCGUUCGAGAGCACGAGACGUUUAAAGCCGCCGCGCGCGUGCGGAGUGUGUCGUCCGGACCGCCCCUUGGAUUUGCAUCUCUGUCCCUUUGGAAAACCACCACUUGCUCAGCCACUGUCGCACAGCCUGUGCUCCAGAGAACCACUCGACACCAACCAAGGUGCUCUCGCAUUCCUUCCAAAACCGAGCUUUCUCUGAACUUGAAAGGAUGGAGUUCACGGCGGUUGUCGUCCUUUUGCUCCUCGUACCUAUAGCAGCCUCAGAAUCUCACAACACCUGCAAGCCUGUGGAAAUACCUGGGAAUGGGAACGAGUGGAUCACUGUACACCAUGAUGUAUUCCCAUGCUGCCAGAGCAGCUACAACAAGGACGGGCUUGAGGUGCAUGUCCUGAACUUGGAGUUCAGCACCAGUGAUGACAGUAACCCCUCUGUAUUGCUCAACCUGACUAUCGGCAAGCCGGCCCACUUGGUUGUCAGCAGCAACACCAAGAUGCCUGUUUCUGUUACUGCUCUGAGUAAUGAAAAUGUCACCCAUAUUGAGUCCAAUAUUGAAUUGAUCUUUGGUGUGGAAAAACCAUUGAACAGAAACAUCCCCUCAAAUGUCAAAGACCUUUUGACCUGGGCCACAGAAAAGUUUGGAGGAGUGACUUCUUUCACUACUGUUAAAGACCAAAAAAACAUCCUGUUUACUGGAAGAUCAGAAAUCUGCUCUUUAAACUGCAUGCAGUUUAGAGUGCCCUUGUCGCUGCAAUUCUGCUCCAUGGGCAGUUCAGUAGGUGAGAAGGAAUUGCACAUAAUCAAUAUUCCUGAUGUUGCUAAUAUUAGGCAUGUUUUGUUUCAUGCGGUCUCUGAAAAGGAAAUAAUGUUGUACUUGAGAGUUCCAAAGAAUACCAGAUUGGUAGUAAAUAAGACAGAGAAGAGUCACUUCACAAUAAAAUCCAACGGCCAGAUAUUCUUGGAAGGAAUUAAUCAUACUGCUUGGGUGAACAUCUCAGACAGUGCCGAAGUUACACAGCAGACGGCGCUUAAGGCUUUCGAAUUUAAUGCCUUCACCACCUACUCAGAGAUUAGAUCAAGUGUCUUGGGAAUAAGGGUGGACGUUGGUCGAAAAUCUGAUCAUUCAGUAGAUUGGAGGCCCACCCCUCUUCCACCCACCUCUUCACCGGACUCAGAACAGAUUCCGCUGCUGAUGCAGCUCUACACCUCUCCAGAUUACAGUAACCCCAUAGAGCCCACGACCCGGGUUCACAGCGACAAGUGGAUUUAUGCUGAGAUUUCCAACAAACCUAAGGGGGAGAUCAUCCUCAGCGUCACCGUGAGCAAGUGUUCAAUAAAGUCCAGGACCUCGUGCAGUGCAGAGAGGAACCUGCCCUUCACCACAGAGCACUGCACCCUGGCACACUGCAACAAGACCACCCGGAUCAGCUUCUCUCUCCAGCAGUUGGAGGAGUUGAGCUCCACCAGCUGGACUGUGGAGUGCUUCGUCAAACUCUGCGCCUUGCAGAGUCGUCAUCCUCUUCCAUGUGUGGAUGCCGGUGUGGUGAGGAAAAAUCUGGAGACAUUUCAGUCAUCAUUACCUCCACCAAGGCAGUGUAUUGAUUUCAGCCUUUCAGCUGUCCUGGGAGUUGCCUUUGGAGGAUUUCUGAUUGGGGUUUUUCUGGUGGGCUUGCUGUGGUUCACAAAGAUUCGCACAGGCUACCCCUCUGGACUGGAUAUAAGUUCAGCUGCAGCACAUUUAUCAGGAUGUCCGUGCUCUCUGUCCAAGCGCGAGCCAGUAUCUGGCAAUCCCUCACCCUCGGAGAACAGCAGCGCCAAUGGCAGCAUAGACAGUACCCAGAGCACGCCCACCAGUAGUAUGGCAUAGAAGGAGGUGGUAACUUGGCUGCUGAAACCAGCAGCAGCACAUCUUUCUGCAAAGACACGCACACACACUUUUUCUUGUCUUUGGCCCAACCGCUGGGGAAUCGUAGCUGUGGUUGGUUAGUGUGGGGACCUGCAGUCAUGAUCCAUCCUCUUCAGUCAUCUGCCAGACCUUCAAGCGAAUCCAGACACGGGAAGUCAAUAGAAAAACUUUGCUUCCAGCGACAGGAAAAACAAAGCAUAUCCCCUAAGAACUAACAGGAAAUUCAUUACAUUCUUUUCAGGCUGUUUUGCUACUCCAAUAAACUCUCAAAGAGUCUUUCAGGAAAAAAUUAAAGAAAAAUAUUAGCAUGUUUUGCCCUGUGGUGACAUCAGUAACUACGGGUAAUAUUAUGACAAAUUUUCUGAAAUAAUCUCAAGACAUGAAAUUGUUAAAAUUCAUAAUGGAGUAUAAUUGUAGUAACUGUUGCCUGAAUGUUUGUAAAAGUAGAGAUGAAUUUUUUUCAAUCCACAGAUUUACGUUAACUGCUUCAUUUCAUAUACAUAGAGGGGUUUGUCUUAUUAGGUUGAAGACCAUUUUGGAAAAGACUACCUCUUUUCUACUUUCUGACAAUCUACAUGCUUUAGUGCUCUGAAAUUGUGACUUAGGCUGGUAAGUCUGUUUUCCGUUUAAAUUAGGUUCAUUCUGCUUCAUAGCCAUAAAAAUUAUGCAAACUUUCUGGUCUUUAGGCACAAAUUGCUAGUUUAAAGAGAAAGAAAGUUUAAGUCAAUCUUAAUUAGUAUAAUGGCAGGUGCAGUGGCUCACAACAUUUGCAAAACUCAGAAACAAACAUUUCAAAAGCAAAAAAAUGAAUUGAAAACAUUUAUGUGCCUUGUAUAAACAAGUGUAAUAUUGUUGCUGGGUUAGUUUUGGUAUAAAGCCAGUGUUUAACCUGAACUGGAAGUAGAAAUGAAUCAUCCCAGUCCCUGUGUUCACUUGUCAUUGACUUUCUGUUUUUGUCCUGAAACACAUUCCAGCACAUAGCAAAUGAACACAUUUUUUGUUUUUUUACUGUAUGUUUGCUCUUUGAGGUUCAUACUGUCUUCAUGAGUUUGUGGAACAAAAAACCUCUCAGGAGAGGCACAGAGAUGUUAUGCACUGUUAAUUAUUGUUUGGAUUUAUUUCAUCAGAUUAUGUUGGAUUUAGGUUGCCAUAAUAUAUGAAAUAUGUUUUGCUUAUUCGGAUUUUUUAGUAUUCAGAUGAGGUAGCCUUGUGUACUGUAAUUUUUAUAAAAAUAUUUUAUUUCAGCUGGCACUGUACAGUGAACGAAUCACAAAUUUAUUUAAAGUAGUAUUGGUAAAUGCAAGUUAUAUGUGAAACAUUUUUUUUCUCUUGGUGGAAUUUCAGUAUCUAUUUUUCUUUGUGCAUGAGUGUAUGUGUGUUUUGUGUGUGUGCGUAGAAAGUGGGAAGACAUCUUGUGGGAACACAAGGUUUGAGAAAGUGGAGAAAGUUUGCAAAAAGCCACUACUGUAUUUGUGCAAUACUUUGAAGUAUACAUUUAUGUAUUUCCACAUAUAUUUUGCAGAGAAAUAUUUUGUAAUUUCAUUGCUGUUUUAGUAACGUGCCAUAAGUGAUAUAUUGAAAUAACUUCCUGCCUAAUUGUUUGGCUUUGUAGAUAAAUCCUAAAUAUCAUGCACAGAGUCCUUUAAAUACUAUACACAUAUCUUUAGGUCUCUGGUCAUGGAGUUGGAGCUACCAUUACAGUUGAAAUUCCUCUCUUACUGCUUGUGCAGCAGCACAAACCUGAGCCCAAAUUACACAAGUACUCUGACAGUUAAAGGAGUAUUAUAAAAUGUUCUUUAGCUCCAUUGUUGCACUUUUAAAUUGUUCAGAAAAUACGGAUGCAUUUUUUUGAGCUUAUUUCGAGUGUCAACAUAAAUACUGUAUAUUUUUGGGUAAAAAGUAAGAGAAAGUGCUUGAAAUGUACAGUCUUUAACUUUUGUUAUGCUUAGUCCAUGUUUUUUAUAAUCAGUGGAAAGCCUGGACACUGUUAGCUUGAGUCCCAGUUCUGGUGGCUGUCCCUCAACUGCUCCAUACAGAGGGCAAAGGAAAGUGUGCGGCACGGAGAGGUCAAGAAUCUCUCGAGAGUUUUUGUGGCCAUGAGGGAGAGGCCCAACUCAGGACGACACAAUCGCAUUGGCAUGGACUUUCUUUGGGCAAACCUAUGGGGGACAGGGAAUCACGCAGGCUGUCAGUCAAUCCUUCGCUUGUCACUGCAAAUCCCUUCCAAACCCUGUUCAAGUACUUCCCCCAAAGAGGUACCGCAGCACCGGGCAAAACAGCGGCGGCACACGAAAGUGCGCCUUCCACCUCUCUGCGUGGCAAACAUCUUCCCACGAGGAGAAGGCGGAUGAAGAAGCUCUUCUGUGUCUUCCUUUUGACUGAACUGCUCAAUUCACACUGUCAAAUAAAGACCUGCAGUCCUCACACUGCUGCAACUGAGCUGCAGUUUAGAAACACAGUAAAAAUUGUGCCAUGCAUAAAAUAUAUGAGUAUGGAUGAAAAAUAUUUUUUGAAAAUAUGUUCGGGUAUUUGCACGAACUGGAGAAAAAUGUCUCUCUAAAAAACAAAACCCUGUCCUGAAGCGCCAUCGUUUGCAUUGUUUCAAGUUUUCUUUUAAUCAGACACUUGGCGUUUCAAAACACGUUUUGCAACCCGCCCCCUUCUCUUAACACCGCCGUGCCGUGAUUGCUGCAAACAGCUCUGGGAAGGCCUGAGAUCGAUCACUCAGUCAUUCACUGAACACUCAUUACACACUGCUGUCAACCUGCUGUAUAUCUUCACAAAAUUACACCACCGCAUAUUAUCCGGAGCCGGGAAUUGCCUAACCUUAUCUGUGGGAGAUAUGACACACUCACUGUCAGCUCCUAACUCUUCAUAUCAGUUACCAUGGUGUUUUUGUUAAGCGAUUCAAUUCUUUAAAUGUGCCUUCUGCAAAGCUCUACCUUCUUCUUUAUGACUGAAGUCAUCCCUUUGUAGUAUACAUUUGUAUUGUAUAUCAACAGAUACAAAUAAAAAAAAAUAAACUGCUAAAA